CUUGCCCUUUCCUGGAUAUAUGAUGUCUGACUAACCUGGACGGCGCCAUACAUGCUGGGUGAUUACCUAAUACAUACAUCUGAGGUAUAUAGCAGGUGAGCAUUGCGGAUCUGAGAACGAUCCAAAAUAGCGUAACCCAUGAUGCAGAUCGCCCCCUCUCAGCAGCAAAACCACUCCCAACCGCGGCCAACAGACCUGUCUUGUCGAUAGAUGAACCGCCUCCAUUUCCAACACUGUAUCCGUCCCUUUAUACUCCGUCAGCUACGAUUCCACCAUAUGGCAGUAAAGACUGAGCACGAUUCACAAUGGCACGAUCUGCAGGUCUCGCCAGACGAGUUGCGCCUUGAUCCGACACUGACCUGCGGCCAGGCAUUCCGUUGGAAGCCAACGGGCGACAACGAGUGGGUAUGUGCGCUCUGGAGCCAUGCUGUGGCGCUGAAGCAGACGCCCAGCACCGUGCUAUACCGGUCGCUUGGCAGCAUAGGUGACCAACCUGGUGCAGAUCUGGAAGCCGAGCUCCGUGAUUACUUCCAGCUCGCUGUCAGUUUCGAGUCCUUGUGCAGGGAAUGGAGCCAGCGCGACCCUCAUUUCACCGAACUGGGAAAAUCGCAGCAGGGGGUGCGCACGCUACGGCAGCCAGUAGUCGAGAAUCUGUUUACGUUUAUUGCAACGUCAAACAACAACAUCAAGCGCAUCACCAUGCUCAUCGACAAGCUGUGCGCGAGAUAUGGCACUCCAAUCACAACCGACCUCGGCACAUUCCACACAUUCCCGACUGUCAUGCAGAUGGCCAAGGACGCAGAUAUCGAGGACACGCUGAAGGAGCUUGGCUUCGGGUACCGCGCCAAGUACUACGCCAAGACCGUCGAGAUGCUCACAAAGCACUCUGACCCAGAGCAAUUCCUGCUCUCUCUGCGAAGUCUGUCAUUUGAUGAUGCGCGUGUCGAGCUGAUGAAGUUUAGCGGCGUCGGGCCAAAGGUUGCUGACUGCGUCUGCUUAAUGUCGUUGGACAAGAUUGACGCCGUCCCCAUUGACACCCACAUAUGGCAGGUCGCCCAGAAGCGGUAUAUUGGCAGGAUUCUUGGCGGCAGCACGCAGUCAGGGAUGGUGCUACCCAUGGAAGCAAAGGACCAAAUAAUCGACUUGGCAAGGCAGCUCAAGACACACAAAACUGCCAGCAACAGGGCGUACGAGCUUGCUCAACAGCUGUUUAUCAAGCUGUUCUCGCCGUAUGCUGGCUGGGCGCAGGGCCUGCUGUUCUCGGGCGACCUGGAUCCCAAGGACAAGAAGCCCGCGGCGAACAAGCCAGCAGCCAAGAAACGCAAGCAAGAACAGCCUGCUACCGCUUCUACAGCUGCCGAAUCCAAACCACAGUUGCGCAGAAGCACGCGACAAAAGACAACAAAAUGAACAAGCAGUUUCAUAUAUUGGGGUUCAGCAUACCCUUCUACAUCUUCUUC